AUGGCCUCUCUGAGCUGUGCCGCAACGUGGGUGAGUGCAUCCUGGUCUCGAGGAAUAGCAGACUCCCGCCUCUGAUAGCGACAGCUAAGUCCUCACCCUUUGUAGCUGCUCGUUCUUUCUCUUCUCCUCUUACGACCGCCCAAAACACCUCCGCUGGCGGCAUCUUUGCUUCUAUUGCUGCACAUCCUUCUUCCUCUAAGGCGCAUCUUGGAUCAUCUCCCAGCGCUGCUCAGCGACCGCUCCACUCUCGCAGCAUCUGACGUUGUGCCACCACUUCUGGACGCGAUAUUGACAGGAGUCUGCUUAUUUCUCAUUCUCUCAAUGCCCACUGCGCCAGGUGGAUGGGAUGGGCAGGUGCCGAUGUGCGAGAGGCAGCGAUUGGUCGACGACGUAGUCACACCCGAGACUGAGAAUAUCAAAGAGAGCUACGAGGUGAGUGCAAAAUUCACCGCGCUCCACAUCAUCCACUCACAUCACUGAUUGCACUCCUGCCAGGCCUCUCCGACUACGCCAGAGGACUAUUGUUCCUUGUACCAGUCCCUGACGUACACUUGGAUGGCGCCUUUGCAGAAGCUAGCCCUGUCCAGACCUCUUCUACCCACAGACAUUUGGAGGUUGAGAAGCGUCAACGACGUGUCGAUUCUGUAUCGCAAGUUCAGUGCUCUGCUCGCAUCCAGGCAAGGUUCCUCUACGCGCAGACUCAUCUCGGCGCUCCUCUCCGCCAACAAGCGGGACAUUGUCUGCGAUGCUCUAUGGAAAGUCAUCAGCGUAUCUUUGGCUUAUGCUGGGCCCGCACUCAUGCGUCGCAUCCUCGAAGCUCUUACAGCUGCGGCACAAGAAAAUCGACAAGCACUUUCGGAAGGUCAAAAGAUGGGCGCUGGCUUGCCCAUAGAAUGGACACCAAGAAGCCUGGCACUUGCUCUAGCUAUCGCCACGCUCUUUGCAACUGCAGCGCAGUACGUCGCCCAGGUCAGAUCGUACCACAAUGCCAGACAGGUGGGGUUGAGAAUCCGCAUCACGCUCGUCAUGGCCUUGCUCGAAAAAGCCUUGAAGAGGAGGGACCUGAGCGGAGCACAAGAAGAGGUGACGGGAGCUCCUGCACAGAACAAAAACGAACGUACACCUCUGAAAGGUGCCAGCGAACGCAAAGGAGCUAUCAAAGCGCAACAGGCUAUAAAGGAGAGCAGGGCAGAUGUGGGAAAGGUGGUCAAUAUGAUCGGUACGGACAUCAACACCUUGCUUCGGCUGGGCUGCGAUGCGCAUCAAUUGUACGGUGCACCUAUGGAAACUGUCCUUGCUACCCUUCUACUCUAUCGACUGAUGGGUUGGGCAUCACUCGCCGGAGCUGCGCUCUUGAUACUCGUGUUGCCCAUCAACCAUCUGAUGGGUAGAGUAGCGAUCAGAGUGCAAAGACGUUGGCGUACCGCGACGGACAAGAGGAUUUCCCUUGUAGCUUCUGUGCUGACGAACAUCAAAUUCGUCAAGCAACAAGGCGUGGAAGCCAGAUGGAGAGACCGGAUACUGCUGGCGAGAAACGACGAGUUGAAUGCGCUCAUCAGAGUCAGAUUGCUGGAUUUGGCCUUCAUCGCUCUGUGGCUAGUGACGCCCAUCGCUGUCACUUUAACUUCCAUCUACUGCUACACUUAUGUACAGGGCAAUCAGCUUACUGUGCCAGGUGAGUGUGUCGCACUGGGACCAAAAUUCACGGAAAGUCUUGGUAUCUGAGAACUUUGGCACCGCCUCUCCAGUCGCUUUCACCGCUAUUACGCUCUUCGCCAUGCUUCGAACUGUGAGUGAUGAGGUCUCUCCUUGCUCGUGGCGCUUUUGGACUCACCUUGUACGACCUCUCGCUUCAAGCCUUUGAACGUGAUUCCCACUUUUGUCAGCGUCUUCAUCAACAGUGCGAUUGCAGUCUCUCGCAUUGCAGCCUUUCUGGACGAGGAAGAGGUGGAGGUCAUGAUUUCGGGAUUGAAAUGCAGUCCCGGCAUGCGUACGCCUAGCUCGCUCGACAUCUCCACUGCGACUUCUGCUCUUCGGAUCGAGGGACCUGCUGCGUUCGUCUGGCACAGACCCAAAUUGGACGCCUCAUCCGCCAUGUUCACCCUGCAGCUUCCUACGCUCGACUUUCCACCUGCUGGGCUCUGUGUCGUGUCUGGUCCGACGGCCUCUGGGAAAUCGACGCUUUUGCACUCCCUGCUUGGGGAGACGAUCUGUCUGAGUGGUAAGCUGGUUCUGAACAAGUUUGUUGAUGGACGUCGCAGCGAUGUUUCGUAUGCUGGACAAUCGCCUUGGCUGCAGGCUGGGCUUUCCGUACGACAGGUGAGCAGAAUCGACGUCUCUUUGAAAGUGAUCCCGAUAGUCUGCUCACUUUCGAUCCUAUUCAUCGGCGAUACGGAACCUCAGAAUAUCCUGUAUAUCACACCUUACGACGCUGUGCGGUACGAAACGAUCUUGAAGGCGUGCGCACUUGUAGAAGACCUCCAGGAGAUGAAGGAUGGCGACGCCACCAGGAUCGCAGCAGGAACAUUAUCCGGCGGUCAAAAAGCAAGAGUGUGCCUCGCACGCGCGCUGUACGCUCGCACGAGCACCAUCAUUCUGGAUGACGUCCUUUCGGCCGUCGAUGCACGCGUUCAGAAACACCUCAUACACCACGCUCUGACGGCACCGAUCGCGCGAGGGCGCAGGAUUGUGCUGGCUACCCAUCACGAGCAUCUGGUCCUGCCUCAUGCUGUAACACACCUCCAGCUGCGCGAGGGCAAGGUGACGAGCUUUGAGCAUCUUUCGCCUGCCGAAGGCUCCGGCAGCUCCGUGGCAACGAAGAGCGAGACAGGCGGUUCAGAAGCCGAAGCGAGCGCGACUGGUACCAAGGGAUCGUCUAGCGGACUGUCCGCCACAGCUACGCCGGGAGGAUCGGACCAAGAAAGGGCCGAUGCACGGGAUACGGCAGAGCUUUUAUACGAGCUGGAGGGUAGAAGACAAGGCGGAGUGCAGUGGACAUUGCUGAAAGUCUAUGCUGGCGCGGCUCCUCCUCUUCCCUGGGUCGUGGUCAUCACGUUUCACGUCCUUGCACGCUUUGCAACUGCUGGCGAGCAGUACUGGCUCAAAGUCUGGGGCGAAUCAGCGGCCAGAUUGACCGACCACCUUGAUCUGGCUGCGUUAUAUACCGCCUCAGCUUUCCCACCCGCCAGUGGCCAUCAGGCUUUCUACCUACUGGGAUAUGGCGGGAUUGGAUUGUCCAUCAUCACCUUUGUCCUGCUCAGCAGAUUCUCUUUCAUCUUUGCUCAGCAACAGGCGUCUCGCAAAAUCUUCAAAGCGCUCUUGUCCAACCUGAUCAGGGCGCCUAUGAGCUGGUGGGAUGCCAAUCCCUUUGGAAGAGUAGCGCAACGAUUGGGAGCGGAUUUUUCCGUUGUGGACACGGACUUGCCCAGCACUUCUCUGAGCAUCUUUGAGCAUACUUCGGCGCUCUCGACCUACAUCAUCAUCUGCACGUAAGUCGCGACCGCGUCUGCGCGGCAUGAUCUCGCUUCAAGCCUUUGACCAUGCGGCAAUGCUUGCUCUCCAGGGCCAUCGUACCGUGGCUGCUGCUACCGUCUGCGCUGCUCUUCAUUCUCGGACCCUGGGCCGUUCGCGGAUUCUUGGCAGCUUCUCGCGACAUGCAAAGAGUGGAGAGCACAUCGACAUCCCCCAUGUACGACUCGUUCUUCUCAGUCAUGCAGGGCAUCGUCACCAUUCGGGCGUUUGGAGCCGAGGCUUGUACCCUCGAGGGCAUGGGCGAUAUCACUGCGAGAACGAUGGCGCAGUGGUGGGGUAAGUCAGGUUUGUGCGUGCCUUUGCACCGAAAUUGCUGAUAGGCUCGAGUCCUCGUGCAGCUCUUGCGACUCACGACGUUUGGCUGAGGUAUGUGCGCCGGUGCCAUCGAAGCAUUGCUCGGUGCGUGCAGUCUCACUAGACAGCUUCCAUCUUGUCCCCUGUACAGCUUUCGUUGUCAAGUGCUUGGAGGCGUUGCGGUCUUCGUAGCUUCCGUGGCUGCUAUCACCGGCGCAGUAUCUCCAGGCUCCGCAGGGAUGGUCAUGGUUCGUUCCCCCCCGCUGCGUCUGUGUUUCCUGCUCACGCCUGAUUCAGAUCUCGACUCUGGGCCCAUUCGUAGUCCUCUGCCGCGCUCAUCACACAGCGCUGCUUGUACAUUGCGUCGGAGUCGAAAAAUCUCGUCAACAAUAUGAACAGCUUGGAGAGAAUCGUAGAGUACCGAGACGUCGUGAGUGGAGAAUGUCUCGCAGGCAAGAUAGACAAGCGCAAGCUGAGUCGAAGGGAUUGUUUGCUCAUGCUUCCUCAGGGCAAGGAAGCACCCGCUAUUCUGGACGAUCAAAGGCCGCCUGCUGCGUGGCCGAGUCCUCAGGCGGACAUCAAAGUAGAAGACCUGGCGAUGCGGUGUGUAUCGACAAACACGUCCAGACACUACCGACACUGCAGCUCACUGACAAAGGUCUGUCCUCCUAGGUACCGCCCAAAGCUGCCGCUCGUACUGAAAGGUAUCAGCUUUGACGUCAAGCCGCGCGAAAAAGUGGGUGCCUCACUCGUGCAACAGCUCCGCUUUCGAUGCAUCAGCCACUGACUGGGUGAGGAUUCUUUGAUGUGCUCGCCCAUGCAGAUCGGAGUCGUGGGAAGAACAGGCAGUGGCAAGACGUCGCUGAUGGGAUGCUUCCUGCGCAUGACUCCAUUUGAAGGUCAAAUAGCAAUAGAAGGCCUGAAUAUUUCCUCGAUCGGUCUAGACGAUCUACGACAACGCAUAGCCGUCGUGCCGCAGGAUCCCGUCCUUUUUGGACAAGAGACUGUGCGCAGCAAUCUAGAUCCCUUCAACGAGCACACGGAUGCAGAGAUGAUCCACGCGCUCGUUCGCGUCAAGCUGGACGUGAUCAGCAAAUCGCCCACCGGUACCGAUGGGUACGGAUCUACGCUUACUUCCAACAGCAUCUCUCUCGAUACACCAGUCUCGGCCGGCGGCGCCAACUUCAGUGCUGGUCAGGCGCAGCUAUUAUGCCUCGCAAGAGCGUGAGUCUUGACUUGCUUCACGCCUGCCUCUCGUGCUAGAUUCACAUUGUCGGAUCAGAUGAGAUUGAUUCUUGCAUCGCAUCCCUCUUCUUCCUCGCGAAAAAGAUUGCUGCGCGGGUCGCAAAUCGUCCUGUUGGACGAAGCUACGUCUAAUACAGAUCACGAGGUGAGCAAGAGGGAGAGAGUUUUUUUUUUGUCUUUUGUUGGGGAGGGCGUUGGCUAGCCUUGCCUUAUGCUUUUCUUCGUCUACCAACAACAGACCGACGCUGCUGUGCAGCAGGUCAUACGAACGCAGCUGUCAGAUCGUAUCGUCAUCACCGUCGCUCAUCGUAUAAGGACAAUUAUGGAUUGUGAGUGCGCAGUACGACUCGUCUGGCUCAUCCGAAGCGCCGCCACGCGCUUACGCGCAAAAAGGUUACCCACCCCUUCUCUCUUUGUCUGAUCCUACAGACGACCGCAUCUUGGUCAUGUCACACGGCUCCAUCUUGGAGUUCGACACUCCUUCGAACCUGUUGGCAAAGAAAGACGGCGCUUUCCGCAAAAUGGCAGAUGCGGACACGAUCUGA